AUGUUAGACACUGGUUAUCCCAAUGACUACUGUAAUAUAUUGUCUCUAAUUUUACAGGUGACAGUAUGUGACAGUAUGUUAGACACUGGUUAUCCCAAUGACAACUGUAAUAUAUUGUCUCUAACUCUACAGGUGGCGGUGUGUGACAGUAUGUUAAACACUGGUCAUCUUAGCCGUGCCCUGUCUGGGAUGUCAUUCACCACCCAAGACAGAGAUAACGACGGACAAAGUGGAUAUAACUGUGCUGUUAUGUACGGAGGAGGGUGGUGGUAUAAUGCCUGUCACAUCGCCUUCCUUAACGGUCCCUGGUCCCCGGGAGACUGGUCCUUGCCUUGGUCUCCUACAGUAAAGAGUGGGUCAUCUGUGAGUGGGACUGUGAUGUUGAUAAGACGUCACUAG